GGUCACGUGGCUCCUUCCUUUCCGUCUCUGGCCGGCUGGGCGCGGGCGACUGCUGGCGAGGCGCGUGGAACCUCGCGCUGGUUCCCCUUCGUCUCCUCUCCCGGCCCGGGCCACUAAGGAAUUCGCUGACGCCGGGUGAGCUGAGCCUGCCGCCAAGAUGCCGGCCUAUUUCCAGAGGCCGGAAAAUGCUCUCAAACGCGCCAACGAAUUUCUUGAGGUUGGAAAAAAGCAGCCUGCUUUGGAUGUUCUUUAUGAUGUUAUGAAAAGUAAGAAACACAGAACAUGGCAAAAGAUACACGAGCCGAUUAUGUUGAAAUACUUGGAACUUUGCGUGGAUCUUCGAAAGAGCCAUUUGGCUAAAGAGGGAUUAUACCAGUAUAAGAACAUUUGUCAACAGGUGAACAUCAAAUCUCUAGAGGAUGUUGUUAGGGCAUAUUUGAAAUUGGCAGAGGAAAAAACUGAAGCCGCUAAAGAAGAAUCUCAGCAGAUGGUCCUAGACAUAGAAGAUCUGGAUAAUAUUCAAACUCCUGAGAGUGUUCUCCUAAGUGCUGUAAGUGGCGAAGACACUCAAGAUCGGACCGACAGACUGCUUUUAACUCCAUGGGUUAAAUUCCUUUGGGAAUCGUAUAGGCAGUGUUUGGACCUUCUUCGAAACAAUUCUAGAGUAGAGCGUCUCUACCAUGAUAUUGCCCAACAAGCUUUCAAAUUCUGCCUCCAGUACACCCGUAAGGCUGAAUUCCGUAAGCUGUGUGACAAUUUGAGAAUGCACUUGUCACAGAUCCAACGUCACCAUAACCAGAGUACAGCAAUCAAUCUUAAUAAUCCAGAGAGCCAGUCUAUGCAUUUGGAAACCAGGCUUGUUCAGUUGGACAGUGCCAUCAGCAUGGAAUUAUGGCAGGAAGCAUUCAAAGCUGUGGAAGAUAUUCAUGGACUAUUCACCUUGUCUAAAAAACCACCGAAACCUCAGUUGAUGGCAAAUUACUAUAACAAAGUUUCAACUGUGUUUUGGAAAUCUGGAAAUGCUCUUUUUCAUGCAUCUACACUCCAUCGUCUUUAUCAUCUGUCCAGAGAAAUGAGAAAGAAUCUUACACAAGAAGAGAUGCAAAGAAUGUCUACCAGAGUCCUUUUGGCCACUCUUUCCAUCCCUAUUACUCCUGAGCGUACUGAUAUUGCUCGACUUCUGGAUAUGGACGGCAUUAUAGUCGAAAAACAGCGUCGCCUUGCAACACUGCUAGGUCUUCAAGCCCCACCAACACGAAUUGGCCUUAUUAAUGAUAUGGUCAGAUUCAACGUACUACAGUAUGUUGUUCCUGAAGUGAAAGACCUUUACAAUUGGCUGGAAGUGGAAUUUAACCCACUAAAACUCUGUGAGAGAGUCACAAAGGUUCUAAAUUGGGUUCGGGAACAACCUGAAAAGGAGCCAGAGUUGCAACAGUAUGUUCCACAGCUGCAGAACAACACCAUACUCCGUCUUCUGCAGCAGGUGGCACAAAUUUAUCAGAGCAUUGAGUUUUCUCGUUUGACUUCUCUGGUUCCUUUUGUUGAUGCUUUCCAACUGGAACGGGCAAUAGUAGAUGCAGCGAGGCACUGUGACCUGCAGGUUCGUAUUGACCACACUUCUCGGACACUUAGUUUUGGAUCUGAUUUGAAUUACGCUACUCGAGAAGAUGCUCCAAUUGGUCCUCAUUUGCAAAGCAUGCCUUCAGAACAGAUAAGAAAUCAGCUGACAGCGAUGUCUUCCGUACUUGCAAAGGCACUGGAAGUCAUUAAGCCAGCUCAUAUACUGCAAGAGAAAGAAGAACAGCAUCAGUUGGCUGUUACUGCAUACCUUAAAAAUUCACGAAAAGAGCAUCAGCGUAUCCUGGCUCGCCGUCAGACAAUUGAGGAAAGGAAAGAGCGCCUUGAGAGUCUGAAUAUUCAGCGUGAGAAAGAAGAAUUGGAGCAGAGGGAGGCUGAGCUCCAGAAAGUACGGAAGGCUGAAGAAGAGAGGCUGCGACAAGAGGCAAAGGAGAGGGAAAAGGAGCGCAUCUUACAGGAACAUGAACAAAUCAAAAAGAAAACUGUCCGUGAGCGUUUGGAGCAGAUCAAAAAAACAGAACUGGGUGCCAAAGCAUUCAAAGAUAUCGAUAUCGAAGAUCUUGAAGAAUUGGAUCCAGAUUUCAUCAUGGCUAAACAGGUUGAACAACUAGAGAAAGAAAAGAAGGAACUUCAGGAACGUCUGAAGAAUCAAGAGAAGAAGAUUGACUAUUUUGAAAGAGCUAAACGCUUAGAGGAAAUCCCGUUGAUAAAGAGUGCUUAUGAAGAACAGAGGAUUAAAGACAUGGAUCUGUGGGAACAACAGGAAGAAGAAAGAAUUACUACCAUGCAACUAGAACGUGAAAAGGCUCUUGAACAUAAGAAUCGAAUGUCACGAAUGCUUGAAGACAGAGAUUUAUUUGUAAUGCGACUCAAGGCUGCACGACAGUCUGUCUAUGAGGAAAAACUUAAACAGUUUGAAGAGCGAUUAGCAGAAGAAAGGCAUAAUCGAUUGGAAGAACGGAAAAGGCAGCGUAAAGAAGAACGCAGGAUAACAUACUAUAGAGAAAAAGAAGAGGAGGAGCAGAGAAGGGCAGAAGAACAAAUGCUAAAAGAGCGGGAAGAGAGAGAGCGCGCCGAACGAGCAAAACGCGAGGAAGAGCUACGAGAGUAUCAGGAGCGGGACUCUCGUUGGGGAGAUAGAGAUUCAGAAGGCACAUGGAGGAAAGGACCUGAAGUAGAUUCCGAGUGGAGAAGAGGCCCACCCGAGAAGGAGUGGAGACGUGGAGAGGGGCGGGAUGAGGAAAGGCCUCAUAGAAGAGAGGAAGAUCGACCAAGGCGUUUGGGAGAUGAGGAAGAGAGAGAGUCUUCUCUUAGACCAGAUGAUGAUCGCAUUCCCCGGCGUGGCAUGGAUGAUGACAGAGGUCCUAGACGUGGUCUUGACGAAGACCGGUUCUCUCGCCGUGGGGUGGACGACGACCGGCCUUCCUGGCGUAACGCAGAUGAUGACAGGCCUCCCAGGCGGAUUGGUGAUGAAGAUAGGGGGAGCUGGCGUCAUGCAGAUGAUGAUAGACCACCUAGACGGGGACUGGAUGAGGACAGAGGAAGCUGGCGAACAGCCGAUGAGGACAGAGGACCAAGACGUGGGAUGGAUGAGGACCGGGGGCCACGUCGAGGAGGUGCAGAUGAUGAGCGGUCUUCCUGGCGUAAUGCUGAUGAUGACCGGGGUCCCAGGCGGGGCAUGGAUGAUGACCGGGGUCCCAGGCGUGGGUUGGAUGAUGAUCGAGGACCUUGGAGGAGUACUGAUGAUGACAGAAUUUCUAGGCGCGGUGCAGAUGAUGACCGUGGGCCUUGGAGAAACAUGGAUGAUGAUCGGAUUCCCAGAAGGGGUGAUGACGCAAGACCUGGUCCCUGGAGACCCUUUGUCAAGCCAGGUGGAUGGAGAGAGAAAGAAAAGGCCAGAGAAGAGAGUUGGGGUCCACCUCGAGAAUCGAGACCAUCAGAAGAACGUGAAUGGGAUAGGGAAAAAGAGAGAGAGAGAGAAAACCAAGAUCGUGACGAAAACGACAAGGACCCAGAGAAAGAAAGAGACCGAGAGAGAGAGCGAGAGCGGGAGAGAGAGCGAGAUGGGGAUCGAGAGGACCGCUUCAGACGACCUAGGGAUGAAGGAGGCUGGAGAAGAGGACCAGCGGAAGAAUCUUCGAGCUGGAGAGAUUCAAAUCGCCGUGAAGAUAGGGAUCGGGAUGACCGUCGUCGGGAGAGAGAUGAUCGCCGUGAUCUAAGGGAAAGGCGAGAUGACAGAGACCGAAGAGGACCUCCUCUUAGAUCAGAACGUGAGGAAGCAAGUUCUUGGAGGCGUGCUGAUGACAGGAAAGAUGAGCGGGCAGAAGAGCGGGAAGGCCCUCGUCGUGUUCCUCCCCCAGCUCUUUCAAGAGACCGAGAAAGAGACCGAGACAGAGACCGAGACAGGGAAAGAGAAGGUGAAAAAGAGAAGUCCUCCUGGAGAGCUGAGAAAGAUAGGGAAUCACUUCGUCGUACUAAAAACGAGACUGAUGAAGAUGGAUGGACCACGGUACGACGUUAAAUCUCAAGAUAAUGGAUUCAAACUCAUGUCUCACAUAGGUUUGAUCACAUUCAAGGAUGAUUAUACUUGUGCUUCAAGCAGUCUAAAUUGGAUUCUUUAAUGUUGUCUCACCAUAACACAAAAAGCAUGAACUUGUGUUAAUCCUCUAUGAUAGAUUGAUCGUGCACUGUGUCCACAGGAGGUUGGACGGCCAGGCCAUUUUCUGGAAUUUAAGGUGUUGCAUUAUUUCAUCAAUCAUUUGUUUACAAAAAAGAAAAACUAAAAAAGAAAUUAAAAUGUGAACCCGUCAGGUAUGGAGUAACACCUGUAUCUUGGUAUAGAACUGAUCUUUUUCUUUUGUUCUUGAAAUACUAUAUUAAUUUGGAAUGAGGUAUGGUUCUGUUAUAGAAAAUGUAUUUGAAGAAUUCCAAGCAGGGGCUGAAACGACUUCCACGCCAUUAGCGGUUGAGACAUACCUCUAAGUAUUUUGAGGUAUUUACUAUAUUAACUACAUUUAGAAAGUUUUUAGGUUCACUAUAAGUGCAGUAAACAUUACAAACAUUGGAUACAGUGGGAUUUCCUGUAGAUUUUACUUGAGAGGUGAGUAUAAAGCAAUUUGCAGUCAUUAUUGUAAUGACAAGAAUACUGCUCAAGUGUGAAUCCAAAAGUUACAGCUUUUAAAUUUUAAAGCAUUUGGUAAACUAUUGCCGAGUUUUUUCUGUUGCCAAUAGCAAACUGCUUUUCCAUUAAUGGAGAAUUCAUGCCUUUCAAACAUUUUAAAUAUGACAAUAUUUAUAAAUGUGUGGUUUGGAGGAAUUGUUUAAAUUCUUUUUCCUAAUUUCUUUUCUCUUCAGGAUAGAUUCUUUCAACAAGUAAUUUGUAGUAAUGACUGUGUUGACUUCAAUUCUGGAGUGUCGUAGCUAUGUCAAAGAUUAACUAUUUGGUCUUAUUGAAGCCAACACAGAACUUGCUGCUGUGUUUUUUCUUCAAUGAUAAAUAAAAUACUUACAGAAUUUG